AUGGCGGGCUUUCAAAUACCUGAAAAGCGCGAGCAGCUUACAGUCAUGGCGCGGAUCGCUGAACAGUGUGAGCGGUAUGACGAGAUCCUCGUUUGCAUGAAACGGGUCGUAAAACUGAACCCCGUCCUGUCGUCGGAGGAGCGCAAUCUUCUCUCCGUCGCGUAUAAAAACGUCAUUGGAGCCCGUCGUGCCUGUUGGAGAAGCAUCAGCGCACUGGAGCAGAAGGAGGAUCUGAAGAAAGAAAAGAAUGUUACACUCAUUAAGGCCUUCAAGCGCCAAAUCGAAAAGGAAUUAAGUGACAUUUGCAUCGACAUUUUGGAACUUAUCGAGAAGCAUCUGCUGCCUAAUGCUGAGACGGAUGAGACGAAAGUGUAUUACCUCAAGAUGAAGGGCGACUAUCACCGUUACUAUGCCGAAAUUGAAACCAAUACAGAGGAACAGAAGGACAAGGCGCUGGAGGCUUACACGCAGGCAAUGCAAUACAACGCUUCAUUGAAACCGACGAGCCCUAUUCGCCUCGGACUCGCAUUAAACUUCUCCGUUUUCUAUUACGAAAUCCUGAAGAGUCCUGACCGCGGUUGCCAAUUGGCACGCGAGGCCUUUGAGGAGGCGCUGAGCGAUCCGGAUGUGUUGGAUGAGGAACAACACAAAGAAGCGGCACUCAUCAUGCAACUGUUGCGUGACAACCUCGCCUUAUGGACAGAAGACGCACAUCCGGAAGGACGGGAUGACGGAACUGCGAUGGAGGAAUUGGAGUGA